AUGACUGAUGAUUCGAAUAUUGCACCAAUUUCAACUGUCACUCCACGUAUAGCUGAUUGGUCUAAUAGACUGAACCGUAUGGCAAAUCUGAAAACAUUCUAUAUUCCGCCAGUGGUUGUUGGCAACGCAGCAGAUAUUGAAUUGGGUAAAAGUAUGGUAUUAGAGUGGCAGACAGAAGGAAUGUUUCAAGUCGCAUGUACUCCCGACGUAUAUACAUCUUCGCAGCUGGCAUUUAAAGCGUCCCGUGAAUUCUUUGCACGUCCGACGUCCGAAAAGUUGUCAUAUGUGUCGGAUCUCACCUUUGCAGGAUAUGUCGCUAGUGGAGAAGAAUUAACAGCCGGUGAAGCUGACUCCAGCGAAAUCUUUACUCUCGUUAAAGAUUUGCCACUGACCGAUAAACGCGUGCAAGAUGGAUGGCCAGGACAUGGACCUGUCCCAUGGCCUAGUUCUACCUUCAAAGAAGCUCUUCAGAAAUAUCUACGAGAGCUUGGCUCUAUUGGUGACCGUUUGUUACAACUCAUUUCAUUGGGGUUGGGUCUUCAAAAUCUCAAUUCUCUUAAAUCAAUAGCUACCGAUGGUUGGCAUCAUGCACGUCUUCUUCGAUACCCUUCUACUUCCUCUCAGUCGUUACGUGGAACUGGUUCACAUACAGAUUAUGGUUUUCUCGUCAUUAUUACCCAGGACGAUGCUGGUGGAUUGUUUAUUCGACCGCCCAUCGAUGGAGAAAUUCGUCAUCGUAAUUGGCUACCUUCAGAAUCCAGUGCUGGAAUGUAUGAAGAUUCUGAAGAAUGGAACUAUGUCAAACCAGUCCGUUCUACUCUAGUGGUGUUUCCAGGUGACAUGUUUCAAUUACUCACUGAUGGUGCUCUACUCUCUACUCCUCACAAAGUACACCUUACUCAAAAAGAGAGAUAUAGCCUGGCAUACUUUCAUGAGCCGAAUUUCCAACAAAUUAUUAAAUCGCUCAACAAUGUAGAUAGCAUGGAUUUCGUGCACUAUGGAGAAGUAAGCAGUAAAUGA